AUGGCUAAUCAUCACCCUCUCUACUCAAAGUUUUUCCAAACUAAGAAAACAGAAGCCGAAGUGGAGGAGGAGCUCCGCACGUACACAACCCACAAAGAGCUCAUCUCCUCCCUUCCGACCAAUAAGUACGGUCUGCGACUCUACGGCAGUUUCUGGCUCACAGAAAAAAAUAUCAUCAGCAUACUGUCCGCCCAAAAACACUUGAAGGCCUCCCCAGACGACGUCUUCUUGAGCACCUAUCUCAAAUCCGGCACCACAUGGAUCCGGGCUCUAGCGUUCGCGGUCGUCAACCGGCGAAAGUUCUCCUUCGAGGAUCACCCUCUCCUCACCACCCAUCCUCAAGAACAAGACAUCGCUAUACACGUCGAAGGUGCGUUCAGCUUUCCCCAGGUGCCCGACAUAGACGACGCCGUCAACAUCUCCCAGCGGAGGAUUUACGCCACGCACACCCCUUACUCCCUCCUCCCCCAGUCCGUCAAGAAAUCCACCCGUGUCGUCUACGUCAGCCGUGAUCCUAAGGACGCGCUCGUCUCCUUCUGGCACUUUACGAAUGCUAGCAGGCCCCCCAAUGCUCCGUUCACGUCGCUGGAGGAAAUGUUUGACCGCUUUUGUGAGGGUGGGUACCUGGGAACGAUAUGGGACCAUCAGAUGGAGUACAAGGAGGAGAGCAUGAAAAGGCCCGAGUCCGUGCUCUUUUUAGAGUAUGAAGAGAUGCAGGAGAAGCCAGAGGAGUGCGUGAGGAGGCUCGCGGAGUUUCUCGGACAGCCGUUUACAAGGGAGGAGGAGGAGGAGGAGGAGGCCGUCCAAAAGAUUGUGAGCCUAUGUAGUUUAGAGUUUCUGAAGGAGCUGCAGGUGAGUAAGAACGGGAGAGUCUACGACCAGUGGGGGGAUUAUGUUAUGAAAUAUUCGUCUUUUUAUCGGAAAGGGAAGGUCGGAGACUGGAAGGUGCAUAUGAGCCCGGCAAUGGCCGAGAAAAUAGACCGGAUCACUCAACAGAAGAUGGGCCAGUACGAUCUGAUUGAUCGUCAUCAAAUCAAAUGA